AUGGCACAAACACAAGAAUUUCUAUCAUUAACUGAUUCGGAGCGAAAAAUCAAAACAGAUGACCAAGACAAAAAUGGAGAAGAACAAGAAGCUAAUCAACAACAGCACAAAAUCGUGUCAUUGUUGCAAGAACUAUUGGCCAAACAAAAUUUGCUUACACAAGAUAUGGCAACACAAAAGAUCACAGUUAAUAAUCUUUCUCAAGCAGUUGAAGCUUUACAAGGAACCAAAAUAUCGUAUUCAAAUAUACCAUUAACUAAUCCAUCUUUACCACCAACAACAACUUCUGUCUCAGAGCUAACACCAUCUAUGAUGAAAAGUGUUGAACUUAGCCUCAAGGAACAAGCUUCAAAAAAACUGCAAUCGAAACGGAUCGAUCAACUACUUAAUUCUAUCCCAUUUUCUGGAUCCAAUUCACAAGAGGUUUCAGACUGGAUCGAAUAUUUCGACGAUAAGUGUGAUCAACUCCAACUAGAAGAUGUUCAACGUUUAUCCGUGGCUAUUGAUCUUCUCACAGGUAAUGCAAAACUAUGGUAUGACACACAUAAGCAUACCAUUGAUGAUUGGAUAACACUAAAAAACAAAUUAACGACCUACUUCAAACUUGUAACUGGUAGUGAUCAAUUUCAACUGGAACAAAAGCUCUACAAUCGACGACGACAACCAAACGAGUUGGCAAUUGAUUAUUGUCACAGUAUCCUUAAACUCUGUUCAAAAGUUAAUAAACUAAUGGAUGAAGAAACUCGACUCAAACAUCUCACCAAAGGACUCAAUCCAGCAGCUCAAUUACACAUGGAUUUGACGAAACCUGGUACUACUGAAGAGUUUUUUGAAGCUCUUAUCAAGUACGACAAAUGGCAAGAAGAAGAAAAAUCCCAACAGAAAAUUAUGACAUCGUCUGAUCAGCGUAGAAAUAUAUCAACAAGAACAAUGCAACAUUCUGUAAUACAACGAGAAAAAUAUUCUACAAAUCCAAGACAACAACAACACAAUUAUUCAUCACAACAAUAUCAAUCCCAUUAUCCAACACCUGAUCCAACUCAGAUGCAAUACAACCGCGACAAAAACUACAGUGGAUGGGAAGUGCGUGAUGGUCGCAUUUCCUUUUCAAAAUCACAACCAUCACUUAUAACAAUUAGUACACUUGUCAAUGGUAAACCAAUUCACGCCAUGCUUGAUACAGGAGCAACUACAUCACUCAUCUCACAAUCUGAACUGAAUCAUAUUCCACACAUAACAAUUCAACCGAUUCAAACAAUGGCAACACUCGGUGAUGGACAAACCAAAAUAAUGGUUAAUAGUGUAGUCAAAUUAAAUGUCACCAUCAAUCAUAUUACCACCAUCAUUACAGCUCUUGUGGUCGAGUCAUUAGCUGCUAAUUUAAUUCUCGGCAUGGACUGGUGCAACUCAAAUUAUGUGAACGUGAAUAUUGGUAAAAAACAAGUGGAGAUCAAUCACCCACAGCAUGGAACUACAACAACACCAUUCCUUGAAGUUGGCUCGGUCGAGAGAAAGCAUGGUACCAAGAACAAAGUUCCAUACUUACCGUCAUCAAUGAUUCACGCCGUACUGAAAGCAUUUCAUGAUCAUCCAAUGAGUGGGCAUUUUGGAGUAAAACGCACGUUAUAUAAAAUUCGUACUCGGUUUUGGUGGCCAAAUAUGCGUAAAUCAAUUGAGCAUUACAUCUCAUCUUGUCAACAAUGUAUGAAAUUCAACAUCCUACGCAGUAAAACUCCAGGUCAGCUCAAAUCAUUUGAUCCACCAACGGAUGUAUUUCAAAUAAUACAUAUGGAUUUUUGGGGUCCAGUCCGCCCAUCAGCACAAGGAAACCGAUACGUACUAGUACUUACGGACAAUUUAUCCAAAUAUGUAAUAGCAAAAGCGAUGCCAAAUAAUACUGCCAAAGUCGCUGCAGAAUUCAUUAUGAACGAAUUCAUUAUGAUACAUGGCGCACCUGAACGACUCAUCACGGACAAUGGUGUACAUUUUAACAAUACAUUACUAAAGACUAUUACCACAACAAUGCAUAUUCCUCAUGUAUUUUCAGCUUCGUACCAUCCUCAAACGAAUGGUCAGAUCGAGCGAUUUAACGCCACAUUCUGUACACAAUUGGCAAAGUACUACGAUGAGAAUAAAGAUGAUUGGGACGAUUAUCUUCAAUCAGUGGUUUAUGCCUACAAUACCGGCAUUCAUGCUACAACUGGCUUUGUCCCGUAUGAACUUGCUUUUGGGCGAAAACAGAAGAGCCCAUUCGAUCCUACAUCAAAGAGCCUGACUUUAACUCGACCAGACGAGUUUUACAAAUAUUUACAAAAAACACGGCGAAUAAUUAUCAAACAAGCUCAAGAAAACAUACGUCGUCAACAACAAUUAACAAAACAGCGAUAUGACAAACAUCGCAAGGAUAUUUCUUACUCUAUUGGUGACUUAGUGUUUCUUAAGGUAUGUGCUAAUCGCACCAAAUUAGACGAACGAUGGCUAGGACCUUACCGUGUGAUCAAGAAAGCAGGUGAACAAAACUAUUUGGUCGAAGACAGUCAAACUGGAAAAACUACGUGGGCUCAUAUAAGUCAGCUUCAACCGGUUGCGAAACGGUAUGUUUGA